UUCGCCGCCAUGCCGUCCGUGCAAUUCUCCCCCGCCACAGAAAUCGUGCCCAAGCAUGAGACCCUUGCCAGCCAACUCGUGCAGCUGUACCCGGAAUUUGACGGUCGCAACACCAUCGUCGCCAUCUUCGACACUGGCGUGGACCCUGGCGCCCCCGGCUUGCAAUUCACGUCCGACGGCAAGCGCAAGAUCAUUGACGUCGUCGACGCGACGGGAUCAAGUGACGUCGACAUGUCGACGAUUUUGAAGCCCACUGACGGCAAAUUGGUGCUUUCGUCCGGGAAGGUGUUGACGCUCAACCCUGCGUGGACAGCAUCGGAAUUCCGCGUCGGUAGCAAGCGCGCGUACGAACUGUACCCCGACCAGUUGGUGACCCGCAUCAAGAAAGAGCGCAAGGAGAAGUGGGAUGCCAAAGACCGCGAAGCCAUCAACGCCGUUCAAAAGGACUUGGCCGAUUGGACCGCGGCAAAUGGCGCUAAUCCGAGUCAAUCUGCGAUCGAUGCGCGCAAAGACAUCCAAGCGCGCCUUGCCGUGCUUGAAGCGAACGCCAAGUCAUUUGAGGACCCCGGUCCGAUCUACGAUGCCGUCGCGUUCUUCGACGGCACGCACUGGCGCGCCGCCGUGGACACAUCCGAAACGGGCGACUUUUCGUCAAGUCCGGCGUUCACCAACUACCGCGUUGCCCACGAGCAUGGCAAAUUCAGCGAUGCGUCCCAGCUCAACUACGCGCUCAACCUGUACGACAACGGCAGUGUCUUGAGCAUCGUGUGCGACGCCGGCGCACAUGGCACGCACGUCGCGGGGAUCGUUGCCGCGUACCACGAAGACGACCCGAUCAACAACGGGGUCGCCCCCGGCGCCCAGAUCGUGUCGGUGAAAAUCGGCGACAGCCGCCUGGGUAGUAUGGAGACGGUCCUUGGUGUCACUCGAGGUGUUCUCGCGGUGCUGGAAAACAAGGUGGAUGUGGUCAACAUGAGCUACGGCGAGUUCGCGUCCAAGCAUGACAGCGGCCGCGUGGUGGACGUGGUGCGGGACUUGGUGGAGAAGCACGGCGUGACGUUUGUCAGCAGUGCCGGCAACGAAGGCCCGGCGCUUGGCACGGUGGGGGCCCCCGGAGGCUCGUCGUCGUGCAUACUGGGCGUGGGUGCGUACGUGUCGCCCAGCAUGAUGCAGUCCGAGUACUCGAUGCGCGACACCCCCGAGAGCUCUGUGGGUCUGUACACAUGGAGUUCACGCGGCCCGACCUUUGACGGUGACCUUGGCGUCAACAUCUGUGCCCCGGGGUGUGCCAUCACGUCCGUGCCCAACUGGACGCUGACCAAGAAGAUGCUCAUGAACGGCACGUCCAUGUCGUCCCCCAAUGCCGCGGGGAACGUGGCGCUGCUUAUCUCGGGGCUCAAGGGGCGGAGCAUCGGGUACAACCCGUUCUCAAUCCGUCGGGCGCUGGAGAACACGGCCGUGUCCGUGCCCACCGCCGAAGCAUUCUCCCAAGGCCAGGGGCUGAUUCAAGCGCUCCCGGCCCUCGAGUACCUGUUCAAGAACCAAAACGCGUUCGAUGGCACCCACGAGUUCCCUCUCUUUUACGACGUGCGUGUACCCACCCACCAAAACAACCGCGGCAUUUACCUCCGCGAACACGAACAACUGACCGAAACUGACAUUGCGGUCAACGUCGAGCCGAUUUUCCACAAGGACGCGCGCAACGACCAUCGCAUUCAGUUUGAAUUGGCCUUGAAGCUGGUCCCGACCAAGCCCUGGAUCGCCACGGCCGACCACUUGACGCUCAUGCACCAAGGUCGUACCUUCAAAGUAUCGGUCAACACGGACUCACUGGCCGCGGGUACUUCGAAUUAUGGUGAAGUGAUUGCAUAUGACACCAAGAACCCUGGUCGCGGCCCAGUGUUUCGCAUCCCCGUCACUGUGAUCAAGCCAGAGGUUAUCCCCGUGGCCCAACAACACACAACCCUCCAGUUGGUCAAGGAGUUGGCCUCGGCCAACAUUUCACGCACGUUUUACCAGGUGCCGGCGGGGGCGACGUGGGUCAACAUCUCGGUGAGCCGCCGCCCAAAGUCUGUCCACGAGCCUGCGUCCGCCUUAUACUCGCUGCACUUGAUGCAGCUCGAAAAGCACGAACGUCAGAGCGCCACGUCAUUGCGCAAGAACUUUUACCUCAACACGACCGGCCAAGUCACGCAUAGCUUCGCCGUCAAGGGGUCGGCGACGCUCGAAUUGUGUCUGGCGCAGUACUGGAACUCGAUCGGGUCUUCCACCGUGCAGCUCGAGGUCGACUUUCGCGGUAUCGUGCCCGACGAGCGCUCGGUGCAUGUCGCCGGUGGGGCUGGCGCGACCAAAGUCAACUUGUUUGCGCAUCUGCGGAACGAAUCCAUCGAGCCGAGCGCGGUGCUAACCAAGUGGACGCAGCGCCUUCGUCCAGACUCGGCGGUCGUGUCGACGUUGGGGUCCCGCGACGUGUUUGCCGACAACCGCCACGUGUACCAGCUCGUGCUCACGUACACAUUUGAGCAAGUGGAAGAAGGCAAAGUCACGCCGUCGCUGCCGCUGCUCAACGGUCGGCUGUACGAGUCGCCGUUCGAGUCGCAGCUGAUUUUGAUCUUUGACACCAAGAAAAAGUACCUCGGCGUCUCGGAUGCGUACCCUCGCCCUACGUCGUUGAAGAAGGGCAAGUACGUGCUGCGCGCCCAGGUCCGCCACGAAGACCCGAGCGUGCUGGACGGACUCAAGUCCAUGCUGGCCUUUGUCACACACGACAUCAAGGACGUGUCCGUGCCCGUGCACGACUCCCCCAACGAUCCGUCGCUCAAGGGCAAAUCGCUACCCGCCACUCCGCUCAAGAAGGGCGUGUACCGACCAGUGUUUGUGGGCGAGCCUUCGUUUGACAAGCUGCCCAAGGGCGCCGUGGCAGGCGACAUUCUCACGGGGAAGAUCACGUAUGGCCGCAAGAGCACCGACGUCAAGGGAGUGACCCAAAAGCCAGACGGAUACCCUGUCACGUACACUGUGCCUGCCAAGCCUAGCGUGGAAAAGGAACCCGAGGCCAAGGAACCAGAGGACGUACGCGACGAAGACGUGGUGGCCGACGAAGCGGUGCGCGACUUGCUGGUUAAGCGCCUGGUCAAGUUGCAAGGCAAGGACUCGUUCUUGGGUCACUGGACCAAACUGGUUGCAAAGUACCCGACGCAUUUGCCCCUCCUUCAGACGCGAGUACACCACUUUGACAACGACAGCAGCAAGCGCCGGUCUGCGCUCAAGGACAUCGUGGACGCAGCCGCCGCGAUCGUGUCGGCCGUCGACACGCAGGCACUGGCGGCGCACUACGGCGUGAAGCUCCUUCCUGGGGACAUUGCCCAAGCCAAGCUCCGCAAGGACAAGGACGCCGAAAAGGCGGCGCUGGUGGACGCCCUCUCCCGCCAAGCUCGCGCGCUGGGGGACCUCAAGGACGAAGCCGCGUUCGUGCAAGUGUUCCAGGCGCUGCAGAAGUGGGUCGACACGGAAGACAACCAGUACGUGUAUGCGGCCGUGCACAACGAUUUGCGUCAGGGCCACAAGGGGUUGGCCCUGAAGCGGCUGCAAAAGGUGUCGGAGCUACCAUCGGACGACCUGGAAAAGAUCAUUCCAUUGAAAGAGGUCCAAGACAUGCGUGCGCAAUUGUACACGGAAUUGGGCUGGACCCACUGGGUCGAGUACGAAAAGAACUGGAAAAUCCUCAACAACCCCGCCUCAUACGCGUUGUUCUAAGGGGGUCGGUUGGUCCAGUGUAAUCUUGCUGUGAAAGUCCUAUCUUCUAGUAGUAAUAAUGUGUAGUAAAUGCACCAUUUAGUCAACAAAUCUGUGUUAAAGUCAUAGAUGGGGUUGGCUAUAUAUAUUAUAUCAAAA